GCUAGUGACCCUAGUAGACAGGAUCCUGUCCGGAUUCUGUAACCUUAGAUCGAGUCAGUAGGUCUUGUCAGUCAAGGGGUAGAUUCUAAGUGGUGAGGAGUGGAACUGUUGCCCGGUUGUGCAUUUGACACCAUGGUUGACACACGUGGUGGGAGUACUACCCCUUACACACAGGCUCAGGAGGAGCAAUUCGCCGCCAUCCGGAGAGAGAGAAGGGAGAAGGAGAAGAAGGAGCUCCUCAAACAGGCAAAGCUAAAGGCGAUAGCGGAGGAGCAAGCGGCGAAGAAGGAAAAGUUGGAGGAGGAGAUGUUAAGAUUACAGCAGGAGGAGGAAGAGAAAAGAAGGGUUGCCGAAGAAGAAGCACCAGCAGAGGAGGAGGAAGUAGAAGAAGACCCCCUCGAAAGGAGGCGUGGGGGAGAGAGGAGAAACUAGCGGCAUGAAGGCAGAGGAUAAGUGGAUGGAAAAGAAGAUCAGUGAGUGAGUAGCUAAUUUAUCAUUGGGAGAAGACGAAGAGGCAAUGUUGUACGUGCCUCAGGAGGAGAAAGAAGCAUUCGCCAGGGAGUUGGAAGCUAAGGAGGACCCCCUGGAACGCCAGACGAUGGAAGACGAGAAGAAAUUGGAGUGGACGUUGCGUCUGGCAAGGGAUAAGAAGAGGAGGAGGGAGGAGGCCAACCGGAUGGCCAAAGAAGUGGAGAAGAUUCAGGCAUGUAGGCAGGAAGUGCAAGCACAACAGGAAACCCCUGCCAAAUUAGAUAAGAUUUUGGGCUAUCUUGAGAUUAUGAGUAAGGCCUGGCUUGAGGAACAUCAGGCCAAUAAGGGUCAGGAAGUGACCCUCCACUCCAUCCGGACCGGCUUUAGAGAGUUUGCGCGCGACGUGGUAACCCACGUCGAGACCGAAGUUAAAAGGUUGAAGGAAGGCGCAGAGAAGUUCUGUGUUGGCGCCAUUGAAGGCGCCAAGGUAGUGGCCGCAGCAGAAGUCGAAACGCGACCCCGCAAAGAGCCUGUUAAGCUCAAAUUUCCUGACUUUUAUAGCGGGAAAAAGGACGAUAAUUUUGAUAACUGGGAGGCCAGCAUUAACACAUAUGUCUAUUUACAGCAUAUCGUGCCCGAGGAACAAGUCCUCGUGGCCUUCCAUGCACUAAAGGACGAAGCGGCCAGCUUUGCCAGGUCCCUUGCGUGCGCAGCCGAUUGUGAGCACAAUAUGGUUGCAUAUUAUAGGCCCACCCCUCUUUCUACGUUCCUUAAACUCCUGCGAGAGAGGCUUGAUGACGUCACAAGGGGCGUCAGGGCCUCUGACAAGCUUCAGACCAUCCACUCACGACAGUGGAGGAGUGCGCGAGCACUCAAAGCUGUCAUGGACGACUUGGUAAUCGUCCCAGACCACGGGGUCCAGUUGGUCCAGUUAUUUUAUCGUGCCAUGCCAGAGCCCCUGCGAGGGCAUUUCUUCGAUAAGACCCAACAGGCCAAUAUCACGUAUGAUGCAUUGAGUAGGGAAGUGGUCCUGUUCAAGGCAAAGUCCAUGCCAGUUUCCACGUUCUGACAUAAGGACUUUGAUAAGGGAAAGAAGUGGAAGGGCCGUAUCAUCUCAGGGCAAGUCAGGGCCAAGGAUCAUUUGAUCCUUAAUUUGGAUAAAGGUGGUACUGACGA